CCAAUCUACUGCUCCACACUCCAGUCCAGAAGUUGGCGGUAAUGCGCCUAUAAGCUGGUUUGCCAACAGCCAAUGAACACCAGAAGAAGAAGAAGACUACUAAGAAGAAGAAGCAGCAGCACCAUGUUUUUGUUCACUAAAGUUGCUUGUAUUUCUUCACGUAUGUGUCAACGUGCGAAAACACAGUUCAACGCAGUGACAACGCAGAGAAUCGGGAGCUUCUGUAACCAGGUGAGGAGCCUUUUAUACCUCCCGAAAAUCAGUCUGCUCACCAAACACGUGCUGCCAGGCCGCGCUCCUUUAUGCCCCCCUCUGAAUAAAUGGGUUGAGAGCAGUGUUGAUGGCCAUAGUUGGAAGAAAAACGUCCAUCUGACACUACCAAGACUGGAGAAAUUGGCCCCUGGUCAGAUUAGUGAGCUGUCCGAAGCAGCAUAUGAGAAACUAGCAGAGGAGACUUUGGGUGCUCUGGCUGAUUACUUUGAAGACCUGACGGAAGAAGCUUUCACUGGAGCUGAUUACGAUGUUGUCUUCACUAGUGGUGUUUUGACGGUGAAGUUAGGUGGGAACCAUGGGACCUACGUCAUCAACAAACAAACACCAAACAGACAGAUCUGGCUUUCGUCUCCCACCAGUGGACCAAAGCGCUACGACUGGACAGGGGAACACUGGGUGUACAUUCGUGAUGGUAUAAGGCUCCAUCAACUACUUUCCAAAGAGUUUUCCAUCAUCUUUAGUAAAAAUAUGGACCUCUCUGACCUGCUUUAUUCCUGAGAAUAUAGAUGUAUAUAAUGACGUGUCAGUCUUUGUCAGCUGCUCUGGUGUUUUCCUAUAUGUUUUAUGUUCUCUAAUAAUGUUAUAAAUAUGUCAUACUAAUGACACAUUUUCAAUAUGUGGAACUCACCUAUA